AUGUCCUCCAUCUCAUCUUUCAGCAAAGGCGCCCUUCGUGUCGCGAAGAAUUAUACAAAGGGCUACUCCCAUACCCAAAAUAAAGUUCGAGAUGCAACCUCAAAUGAUCCUUGGCCCCCAUCUGGAAGGCAGAUGCACGAAAUUUCGUUGUUGACAUAUAAUCCGGUUGACUUUGUUGAGAUCAUGGAGGUGCUCGACAAACGGCUCAACGACAAGGGGAAGUACUGGCGACACGUAUUUAAGUCGUUAACGCUUGUGGAUUAUAUUAUCCAUGUCGGGUCAGAAAACGUGAUCCGCUACUUCAGGGAAAAUAUGUAUAUCAUCAAGACACUACGCGAAUUCCAACACAUCGACGACGACGGUCGAGAUCAAGGCGCGAACGUACGAUCGAAGGCGAAAGACAUCGUUAACCUCCUUCAGGAUGAUGUCCGACUACGACAUGAGCGGCGCUCGCGCUCGCAGAUGUACCACCGCAUGGGGCGCGGCGGACGCCGCUCGCUUGAUUCCGACAUCACUGACGAAGACGAUGACGGGAACGCUGUGCGGCGGAGUCGUUUGCAGUCAGAUCGUCUGCGCGACAGUCGGGAUGAUGAGAAUGCCCGUCGCGCCCUGGAGGAGAGCAAGCGAGACGCUGAGCGUAAGCGGGCGACCGCUGAGGAACAGGAUGUGCAACGGGCGAUGGAGUUGAACAAACAGGAAGAGGAAAAAAGACGAAGAGCACUCGAGCAGGCCGAUUUGAUUUUGUUUGAUGAGCAAGGACAGUCACCAGCAACAUCUCAGUCAACAGGGCACCCUCUUGUUGAUGCUACGCUCCCCCUGCAGUAUGCCAUGACAGGCCUCCAGCCACAGUAUACUGCUGUGCCGAUGCAAGUGCAAUACACGACUUUCGACCCUUACCCGCAACAGGUAACGCAGGAGAUGAUGCAGGCACAGUACAUGCAACAGCAGGCAGAAUGGGAACUCCAGCAGCAGGCGCUCCAGCAGGCACACUUGCAGCAAGCCCAACAGGAAGAGCAGUGGCUAUUGCAACAACAGAUAUUGCGGGCCCAGCUCACACAGCGACAGCCUAUCAUGCCCCAGCCAACUUCGGUUCGUAUUGGGUCGAACAACCCAUUCGCACCAUCGCAGUCGGCGCCGCCGACAUUGCGCGAGCAGCCCACGGGUGGUGUCUCGUUCAAUCUCACAGGAUCGUACGCGAACCGGGAGAGCGCAUCGAGCGCACCACCGCGGCCGUAUCAGCACCAGGAGCCAUCGUACACCGGGCGGGUCUCCCGGGCUGGCGACGAGCGGCAUGGCCACCUCGCAAAUCUGUUCGCGAAUCACACGGAUGACGGGGUCGAUACAUUUGGCAAUGUCGGCUCGCUCCGAUUCAUGUCCACAGAGGCUGGGCGCGUUGUCGCGCAGAAGACUGGCACGUUUGGCCAGUAG